CGUCGUGCCCCUCCCCGCAGGAUCCCGGAUGAGGAAGUGCAGCGCUGACAGGGCUGGGUUCCGUCAGAGAGUCGAAGCCGAACCGCGUCCAAACAGACCCGAACCGAGCCGCCCCGCGAGCCGCAGCCGCCUCCGCAGCCUUCAGUCCCGCAGACACCGACACCGAGCGCCGCAGUCAUGAACGAGCAGCAGUUGGACUGUGCUCUGGACCUGAUGAGACGUCUGCCUCCACAGCAGAUCGAGAAGAACCUCAGCGACCUCAUCGACCUGGUGCCCAGUCUGUGUGAAGACCUGUUGUCAUCGGUGGAUCAGCCGCUGAAGAUCGCUCGUGAUAAAGUGGUGGGGAAAGACUAUCUGCUGUGUGACUACAACCGUGAUGGAGACUCCUACAGAUCUCCGUGGAGUAAUAAAUACGAGCCUCCGAUCGAUGAUGGAGCCAUGCCCUCGGCUCGACUGCGUAAGCUGGAGGUGGAGGCCAACAACGCCUUCGACCAGUACAGAGACCUGUACUUCGAGGGAGGGGUUUCCUCCGUCUACCUGUGGGAUCUGGACCACGGAUUCGCCGGAGUCAUCCUCAUCAAGAAAGCUGGAGACGGCUCCAAGAAGAUCAAGGGAUGCUGGGACUCCAUCCACGUGGUGGAGGUGCAGGAGAAGUCGAGCGGCCGCACGGCUCAUUAUAAACUCACGUCUACAGUCAUGCUGUGGCUCCAGACCACCAAAACCGGCUCUGGCACCAUGAACCUGGGCGGCAGUCUCACCCGACAGAUGGAGAAAGACGAGACGGUCGGUGAAUCCUCUCCUCACAUCGCUAACAUCGGACGCCUGGUGGAGGACAUGGAGAACAAGAUCCGCUCCACUCUCAACGAGAUCUACUUUGGAAAGACCAAGGACAUCGUCAACGGCCUGAGAUCGAUCGAGUCUCUUCCUGAUAAUCAAAAGUACCGUCAGCUGCAGAGGGAGCUGUCUCAGGUUCUGACCCAGCGUCAGAUCUACAUCGAUUAGGGAGCGUUCAGACGCUGGCGGAUAAAUCGAAGCAGGAGGCUCUGAAGAACGACCUGAUGCACGCUCUUAGCCAACGCAGCAAACAGCAAAGCUAGAGACUCUCUCUCUCUCUCUCUCUCUCUCUCUCUCCGUUUGUCUGUCUCUCCACCUCACAGCUGUCUGUCUCCAUCUGCGCAAAACAAAUGAAAAAGGAGAAAAGGCUACGCUUAUUGUUUUUGUAUUUCAGCUUGCGUUUCCUUCACCCGUCCCUCUCUCUCUCUCUGUAAUCAUGUAGUAUUAAGACAGCGUCUGAUUGGCUCACGGUGACAUCAUCACCGUGGUGGGGCGGAGCUUUAGCCCCGCCUCCAGAAGAACAAGUUUUCUCGUAGUCUCGUACGUGCGUCAGGAAUAAACGAGGAGCGGGUGAUUUAUAUAAAUAUAUAUAAAAUGCACAUGUGUAUGUAUUAUGAGCAUUAUAUUGCUGUUAAUAUGAAACUUUCUGCUUGAGUCCAUGCAGACGAGUGUGUGUUUUGCGCGAGUGUGUUUAACGUGUGUUUGUGUCAUUAUGCAUCAAACAUAUUCCUCUCUUUGUCCAUCUGGGAGCGUCAGACAGUUUCGUUGUUUUCUUCGGGGUGGACUAUUUGUCAAGUUCAUUUUUUUUCCUUCUAGUCUUUUUUUUUUUUUUUUUUGUAAAGCUUAGUUUGUUAAUUUAGGGCCUCCAGCAACAAUAAAAAGAGGAAAAACUG